GAUUUUCUUUGUAGAUGGGGUUUUGGUUUGACCACUGCUGCUUGCUUGCUCCCAUAUAUAUAUAUAUAGUAUAUACUGUGUAUAUAUAUUCAUUUUUUUUAAUCUAUUCUGCUUCUACUCUCUCUCUCUCUUACUAUUUACUUUUAAUAAUCACCACAUUCCUUCACCCCUCUCUCUCAUCUCCCUCUCAAAAUUCCUCACUGCAUUUCCACAUUUGUAUUCAUUUGACUUGCCUCUAGGGUUUUUCUAUUUCCACCAAAUUUUAAGUUGCAACUUGUCCAGAUUUGAAAUUUCACCUCAUGGGUGCCUGUAUAUUCCGUGGAAUUAAGUAAAUAUCCAAUUCCUCCCCCAAAAGGGUUCAACUUUCAGCUGAAUUUCGCCUCCCGGUACUUGCUUCUUCAAGUUGGAAUAUCUUUCUCUUGCAGCAUGGGUUGCUUUACAGUUUUAAAGAGUAAGAAGAAGAAAACUGAGCAGACAAUCUAUGUUAAACGUGUAAAUCCGCAGGAGCAUUCCCCAACUGCAUUGCCUGAACCCCAGUCCCAGACACGUUCUUUACAGUCUGCACCACCAAGCUUUAAAACCAGAGUAAAACCUGUUCAGUCUAGUGCUAGAGUAAGCAGUAGCAGGGCACGAGCAUUAUCAGCACCAUCAAGUCUUGAUGCUGCAGAACAAGAUGCACUUGCAUCUACAGAAUGCGAGGAGCAAGAAGAGCCUAGGAGUCGCUUUGGGUCAAUGAAAGAAUAUAAUUCACCAAGUCCUCAACCUCUUCCUCUUCCGUCACCCCGUGGCACGAAUUCUUUUAAGGCUACAACAAGCUUCAAGAUGAUAAAUUCUAGUGGCCCACUUGAUAUGUCUGGGCCGCUUCCGCUUCCUCCUACUUCACAUCCAACUCUGGCAGCUAAAGGAACGCUUGUUAACUUUUCUUAUGAAGAGCUUGCAUCAGCUUGUCAUAACUUCUCUCCUGAGAGAUGUAUGUCUGAAGGUCUCUCUUCUGUCAUCUACCGGGCUUCUUUUGCAGAGGAUGCAUCUGGAUCAAGAAAACUUGAAGCCACUGUAACCCGUCUUCACCCUUGCAAUCAGGGUUUGAAGGAGUUUGUGAAUGAUGUGAAUACUCUUGCUUCUUUGCAACAUCCAUACCUCUGUAAAUUGAUUGGUUUUCAUGCUCGUGAAGGCUCAGACCACAGGAUGUUGGUCUAUGAGAGGCUAUUUCAUGGGAGCUUGGAUAGGCUUCUAUAUGGAAGAUCAGACGGUCCACCCAUCGACUGGAAUAGUAGAAUGAAAGUUGCUUUAUGUGCUUCACAUGGUCUAACCUUCCUACAUGAGGAAGGACCCUUUCAGGCGAUGUUCCAUGAAUUUUCAACUGCAAAUAUACAGAUCGACAAAGAUUUUAGCGCAAAACUUUCUGGAUAUGGUUGCAUAAGCCACAUCCCAGAGGGGGAUAUCUCCAGCGGCUCAGUUGCUGUGGCAAAUCUUUCACUGGAGACACUGGAGAGGGGUUUGCUUACCCCGAAGAGUAAUGUCUGGAGUUUUGGUAUUGUGCUUCUUGAAUUGCUUACGGGCAGGAAAAAUCUUGAUAGCCGGCAUCCAAAGGAAGAGAGGAAUCUAGUGAAAUGGAGUCGGCCGUUCCUGGCUGAUGAUUGUAGAUUGUCGUUAAUAAUGGAUCCUCAGCUAAAGGGCCGUUUCCCUGUGAAAGCAGCUCGGACAGUAGCUGAUAUUGCUCAACGAUGUCUCCUAGUAGAUCCUUCGGAGAGGCCGACCAUGAGAACCGUUGUGGAGCAUCUCAAAGCUAUACAAGACAUGAAGUACACCUCUCGAUUUCCUCUGCAAGAGCCAGGAUCGAUUAGUCAGAAGAAUAUGUCAAGAUCACCUAGUCUGAAUGGGAUCAUCACUCCGCCAACUAGAUCAAAUUGUUCUCCUACGCCUCCAACGAGACCAUCCGUGACCCCUCCAAGUCUCCACGCGCUGCCCUUGGCUCUACCUCCUAGAACAAGUUCGUCUUCGUAUUCAUUGGAGGAAAUUGAUCGACAGGAAAGCCGGAGAUCAUCAUCCUCAACUGUUCGUAGAUCUAGUGUGGAAGGAUUUUGAUAGUUAGUGAGAAUUUUUUUAUAUUUUAUUUUCCUUUUCUCCUUUUACCAUUAUGAAAUGUGAUCUUACAUAUUAUAUAGAAGAUAAUGAUAUUUUCACAUAGUUGGUCAGAAAUUAUUGGGGUGCCGGCCCCAGUUUUUUUGUAUAUAAAGUUCUGUUCGCUUGCGAUGGAGCUGCUUUCUGCUGGCUCCGAUGCUGUUGUUGAUGAUUA